AUGGAAAAUAGAACAUUGCCAUUUAAUAAAUACCAACUAAAUAAUAAGCGCCCAUGUUCCAAUACAAAUGGAGGAAAACUAUAUUUUUUUGCAAAUGAACCCAGUGGAAAUAAGAAUGAUGAUAUUUUUUCAGAUUGUUUCAAAGUUGCAGAGGAGAUAAAAAAAAAAAUAAUAUAUGAACAAUUUGAUGCAAUUCUUUUUCUCUAUUCUAACAUAUUAAAAGAAAAUAAAAGAAAAAAAUGUGCAUCCAAAGAAAUCGAUGAAAAAGUUGAAGAGGCAAUUAAUACAACCCUUGAAAUAUAUUCACUUAUUGAGAGUAAUGAUGAAAAGACAAAAAAAAUAUAUUUAAAAAAAAUUUAUUCUAUUUGUGAUAUAAUUUAUAAGUUAUUAGUUGAAUAUACUAAAAACGAGAAUAAUAAACAAUUAAAGGAAAAAAUAAUAAAUCAUGAAUCCGAGGAAAAAGAAAAAAUCUUAAAGGACCAUUGCAAGGAAGAGAGUGAGCAUAUCAUCACUGGAGGGUUGAAGCAAGUUUCAGAAGAAAACAUAGCCCAAAGCAGGACAGAAAUAAACAACGAUUCUAGAGGUAAUAUGAAAGAAAUUGAUAAGGCAAGUGGGAUAAAAGAAAUAAAAAGAAUACUACCAUCUUUUUGUAAUAAUAGAAAAAAAAAAGAAUAUUUAUAUAGGGACCUUUCACAAACAAACAAAUUAUGUUUAUAUGGUGCAAGAGAAUUAGACGAAAAAUUUAUUUAUAAUCCUUAUAAAAAAAUGAAAAGCUUUAAAUUUUACAAAAAUAUCGAUAAAAAUUUAAGGGUAAAUAAAAUAGAUGAACUAAUUGAAAGAUUUGAAAAAAAUAUGAAAAAUGAAAAAAUUCAAGUUUACAAUUUUGAUAAAAAAAUAGAAAAACAUACUGAUUUAAAAAAAAUGUUAUUAAAAAGUAGAAAGAGUAUUACCAAGUUUGAAUUAGAUGAAAAUGGAAAUGUAAAAACCGUUACUGAGCUAUUUCAAAAAUAUGAAAAAAAAAAAAAAAAAAAUAUUAUAACUUUUGAUGGAUAUAAUGACAAUUUUAUAAAAAUUAAAAAAUUAUCAAAUUUAGAUGAAUUAAAAAAAGUGAAAAAAAAAUUAUCUGAAAAAAAUAAUCCUGUCUUAUUAUAUUCUGAUCAAUAUAAAACUUCAAAUAUGAAACAAAAUAAAAAUAACGAUUCAAUUUUAAAUACUAAUCUAUGUAUAGAUGUAAAUAAAAAAUUUGAACUAGUUGAAAAUAGUACUAAAGAUAUAAAUUAUAUUUCCCCAGAAAAAAACUUUAAAUCAAAAACAAAUUCAAUGAUGCAUUGUCAUAAUAAUUAUAAAAAUAUAGACAAAAGUAGUAAAAGAAAAGAUUGGGAUAAAUAUAUAGCUAAUUUGAAUUUUUAUAUGCAAAAUAUUAAUGGGGUUAAAUUUGUUAAUUAUUAUGAUGAUGAUGAAAUAAUUAAACAUAUACUAAAAGAAAAUGAACAAAAAACAAAUAAAACUAAAUUAGAUAUCUUAAAUAAUAAAACAUUAAAACAUAAUAAUGUAUCUUUACAUAGAUGUGGUGGUGGAUUAUAUGAGUAUACAAACCAAAAUAAAAUAAAUAAUUUUCAAAAAAAAAACAUGGAUAUUUACUCAGAAUCAUAUAUGAAUAAAUAUGAAAUAUUAAGUAAGAUAUAUAAUUUGAAUCAAAAUAAAAAAAAUGAAAUAGUAAAAUAUAAUGAAGAAAAAAAAAAUUCAAAACAAAUCAAUGCAUUUCAAAAUAAUCAAAAUAGACAAAUUAAUAAUAUAAAAAAAUUAAAAAAAAAUUAUAAUGAUAAAAAUAAAAUGUGUCAGAAAAAUUGUGGAUGUGGAAAUAAUCAAAUUUCUAAUAUCUUCCUAUCAAAUUGUUUUGAGAAAAAAAGACAAGUCUCGGAAAAAAAUGAAAAAUUAAAAGUCAUGUCAGUACAUAAAAAAACACCAAAGAAGAAAUCAGAACCAAUUUUGGAAAAAAAAAAAUAUCAACAAUCUCAACCAUUUAAGUUAGAUUCUGGAAAUGACAAAAUUAGAGACACUGUUCAAUUAGAAUCCAAAAUAAAAUAUCAAAGUGGUAAUACGAUUGAGAUAAAAGAAAAAGAAGCAAAGCUAAAUUGUGAAAAUAUGCAUUUAAUGGAUAAAGAAAAUAGAACCUAUUCAAUAAUUAAAAUAGCAUCUAUAAUUAGUAAAAUAGAUAAAUCAAAAAACUCAAUUUAUAAUGAAAAUGAGCCAAACGAAAAUAAAACAAAUAUAAAGAUUGAAGGUUUUAUUUUUAAUGAACAUUUAAAAGAUAUAACAAUUAAAUCGUAUAAUAUAAAUAAUAAGAGUUCUAAAAAUUGUAUAAAAUAUAUUUCAAAUAAUCGAAAUGAUAAUAAAAUUAUAGAUGAGGAUACUGAAGAACAACAAACUGAUUUUAUCGUAUCCAAAGAAGCAAAAGAAGACAGCACAAAUGAUGAAUCCAUAAAAAGAGAUGAGGAUGAAUCCAUAAAAAGGGAUGAAGUUGAAUCCAUAAAAAGGGAUGAGGACGAAUCCAUAAAAAGAGAUGAAGUUGAAUCCAUAAAAAGAGAUGAGGAUGAAUCCAUAAAAAAAGAAGAGAAUGCAGGUGAAGGUGAAGGUGGCGUGAUAAAAAAGAAGACAAGUUCACUAUCGAGUAGUUUACGCAAAGAUGUUAAUGAAAGCGAUUCAAUAAAUUUAAGUGAUUUUAUGAAAAGAGAAAAUUCAAAUAAAGAAGAUAAUAUUGAUGAUUCUUAUGGUAGUAUAGAAACUGUCUCGAGGGAUAUACAAAUUGAAAAUGAUAAAGAAGAAACCAUAAACAAUUAUCUAAAAUGUGGAUUUUUUGCGCAUGUUCAUAUAAUUCUAUCAGACACAAAUAUAAUUACCAGGAAAUGCAAAAUAUUUUAUGAUAAUAAAACAAAAAAAUUAGGAAUAUUGAGAAAUAAAAAGAUAUUUAAAAUUGAUGUAAGUAAAUUAAUGAUACAAGAAAUUCCUAGUUCGAAACCUGACUUAGCAAUAAUAAAAAUAAUAAUUCCUCAAAAUAAUUGUAGAUUGUUAAUUGUAGAAUCAAAUGAUUUUUUUGGGUUACAAGCACUUGGAGAUAAAAUCGGAUGGUCCCCUGAUAUUAAUGGCGAGAAUGAACUAGAAAUUACAAGGGUAAUACACACCAAAGAUCAAGAAGGUAAUGCGGAAGGGAUGAAUUACAAAUUAAAUAGUUUCAAUAAUAAAAUUUAG